AUGUCUGCACAGAGUCGUAUCAAACCAUUUGAUGCUGCUGGAGAGACCAGUAGCCUUCCGGAACAAUGGGAAACAUGGAAAAACGAUUUAGACUCCUUUUUCCUGGCUCGUAAUAUCGAAGCGCAGCGAGAGAAGAAAGCACAGUUGGCGUAUCUGAGAGGACCAGGGUUGCAGGAGAUACUACGUCACCUUCCUGGGGUAAACCAAGUACCGCAUGUGACCGACGAUCCUCCGUAUUAUGAUGUGGCCAUACAAUGCCUGGAUAACUUUUUCGAACCAUUUCGCCGUAAGACGUACGAGCGGCAUCUCUUCCAUCAGAUUGUUCAGCAACAGGAUGAAAGGUUUACGGACUUUGUAAUGCGGCUGCGGAAGCAGAUUGCUAGAUGCAGUUACAAUCCGAGUGUUGUGGACGAGUUAAUUGCGGAUCGCAUCGCUCAAGGAUGCAAAUCACAAGAACUUAGAACGAAAUUUCUUCAGAAGGAUAGAACUCUCGACGAAAUCAUCGCGUUGGGUACGAGCCUGGCCGAUUCAUUCAAUCAGUCCAGGGAACUUGGAAAACCGUAUAUGCAUUCAAGACCAGAUUCUCGAUCUGAACAUGAGGUUAAUUGGGUCACAAAAAAACGUUUACGUUCAGUUGGUGACCACAGUUCGAGUAAUUCUACAACAAAUCGUUUUCGAACAAACAACCACGCCUGUUACAGUUGUGGCCGUCGAGGACACGUGCAAGGUCCCGCAAAACAGACGAAGUGUGCUGCCUGUGGAAAAACAGGACAUUGGGCCAAAAGAUGUUAUAGUACUGGACAUUGUGUUAAGCGCCGUCAAGAUGAUUCAACCCCGGUAACAAAGGCCAAACGGAUUCGAGCGAUCUCUGAGGAAAUUGGAAAGGAACAGGAGAAAGAUUUCGUGUUCUACGCUAUGGGCCCAAACGUUUUCAACUUUGAGGUUGGUGGAGUUGACAUACCCAUGACAAUCGACUCAGGAGCCGAUGCGAACAUCAUCACAAGGGACAUUUGGGAGCAAAUGAAGGAGGCAGGAGUAAAAGUGAAAAAUACAACUACGAAAGCUGAUCGAACGCUUAUGGCAUAUGCUGAUAAGCCGUUGAGAAUUGCGGGAAUGUUCUGUUCAGAGAUCGAGGCGGCAACCAACAAGGCUGAUGCGAAAUUUUAUGUUGUGGAAGAUGGUCAACGCUGCUUGCUUGACGAUCGAACAGCCAAAAAUCUGCAAGUAUUGAAGGUUGGAUACGAUGUAGAAGCAAUUAGAGCACGCUUUAGUUCACCGUUUCCAAAAAUCCGUGGAGUGAUUGUGGAGAUACCGAUUGAUGAACAAGUUCAGCCUGUACAACAAGCGUACAGACGGCCACCAAUCGCGAUGGAGAGAAUGAUCGAGGAAAAACUAGAUUCUCUUCUAGAAUUGGAUAUCAUCGAACUUGCUCCAGGACCGUCCCCUUGGGUAUCGCCAUUUGUACCAGUCCUUAAGGAUACAGGUGAAGUCAGACUCUGUGUCGAUAUGCGCCGGGAAAAUCAAGCGGUUUUGCGAGAAACUCACCCGUUACCACUGAUAGAGGAGUUGUUGUCAUCGGUGUCUGGUGCUGUCCUUUUCUCGAAAAUCGACAUCAAGGACGCGUACCACCAAGUGGAGAUAUCCGAGCGUUCUCGACCAAUCACAACAUUCAUUACGAAGCGUGGUCUUUACAGGUAG